GACGACACGCACAAUUCGCGAGCACACGACCGCCCCUGAGAAUGCCCGUGAUAUGACGCUAUGCGAAUUAUCCUUCUCGUCGUGUUUUACAUUGCGGCUUACGCGGCGAGAAUUGCGGACGGCGGUAUCGCCGCGACGAUACUAGGAAACAGCGUAGAAUACAUCCUCAAACAGAAGACCAGGAGCCGAGUGUCCGAAGUGCCCGUCGACGAUGGAAUGACAAUCAAGCGCGACAAACAGUCCUCGCUGGUGAAUCGCAUCGACGAUUUUCUGCAAACCAGGAAACUGCUCCCAAAUGGCAAAUCGACGCGUGUCAGACGAAGUCUUCGAGGACGAACGAAACGCGCGCGAAACUCGGACGACGAGGUCGCGCGUCGUCAGAACGACUUCGAGAACGACGACGACAUCGACGCGGACGAUGUCUGGUCGAACGUGGCGGGAUCACGAGGACUCCCGGUCUGGCAAGUCCCGGAAUCACCAGUUCCCGCGACCAACCCGAUCCCGACGUCGACUCCGACGGCCAUCCGGGUAAAAAACCCGGAGAGUUCCGAUUCCGAUCAUUUUUCGCGAACCGACCAGACGAUUCUCUCUCUUAUCGACUCAAAUUCGCGAGAAACACUCUACGAAUCACCAGAGACUCCCACAUCCGAAUGGGAGGCCGACGAGAGCCAAAAUCGACGCGAACCGGAAACGGCUCUCCCGCCGAGGCAGUCCGUGUACGUCCUGAGCUACCCGGACAGAUACGUCGACGCGAUCAACGGAGGUUUCGCGUUUCCUAAGACCUCGAGCCAUCAUUCGCCGAUAGAGCUGCUAGACGUCGGAUCCGAAGAUAUCAGUCGCGCGAGAAGCGGUUUCGUUUCCGGGAAGCCGAUCGAGAGAGUACUCGUUCCCAUGUAUCGCCUCGGAACGCUUGCCGACGCCUAUUCGCCGAGACUCUUCAGCGGACACCAGGAGACCCCGGCGAGUGACGAUGAGAAGUCGCAAGUCAAGGAUAAUCGUGCAUACGCGAGCUCCUUCAGAAAGUUCCUGCUGGUACCCGUGUCCAAGGAUCUGUAUGUGCUGAAGGACGCCGACGAGAACUCUCGUUCUCGAGCGAGCGCAGACAGCAAUAACGCGACAUCGGCUGUCCUCGCGUUCAAGGCGCAUCUGCAUCACAACGCGAAAGACGUAGGCAGAGCGUACCUUCGGGGAGGUCCGUUAAAAUAUCAGCACCGUUUACCUGAUCACGACUCGAGUCACUUGUAUCCCGGUCUGGAUCCCGCUGUCCUCCGAGAAGAGAACCUGGAUCCUGUGAGAGAACCCACGUCAUACCCGAAUUUCUUGUACCCGGGAGUCCCCUCUCAGACUUAUCCCGCUUUAAUCGAUGUCAUGCCCGAAAUAUCCGACGAGGAAAUCGUUCUUCAACCUGCAGAUCCAGAGUUGGGUUACAGGAACCUCUCGUCUAUGGAUAGUGGAAUCGAUUUGGACACUACAAUCGAUUCCUACGAUCAGUCCAAGUUCCCAACGACGUCUUCCUUCUUUAACACGCUUGAUUACGACGUGUUUUCGUAUCUAGGAGAUGCGAACGAUCGUCGGUCGCAUACGUUUAAUUUGGACGAAGUCGGUCAGUCAGGAUCGAGCGACGGAAGUUACGAGGAGUCUCUGAAAUACAGCAAAUUUGACGUCGAAUCGACCACAGUGGAUCUCUCAAAACUUCUUGGCACAUUAGACAAUGAUAUCGACGCGCUGAUUACCGUAGGAGACGUCAGAUUGUACAUGACUGAUGAUGGUAAAGCGUUGUUCAGCGAAUUCACCACCGAAGUGUAUUCGCUCAACAAUCCUGAAGAGCACACAACGUCCGCGUCGUUACUCUUCGAAGAAGAACAGUCGUCCAAGGAAGGACAGACUCAAGUGGAAAAUUCGCGAGCUUUCUUAAAGGCGAUCGAGCCGUUGUCCUCAGAGUUGCAGAAACUGCUGAGCGCCGUUAAAUUGGUCAACAAAAGCAUCAGCGACGUGCAGAGCAGACUGUGCGAUAAAAAAAACGUCGUUGAGUCCACGCGAUCUGAACGAGAUCAUGAGGAAGAGAAAGACACGAAUAUCGCGAGUGCGAACGACAAAGCGGAUUACUACGAUCCUGCUGUUCCCAGGAAGAAUCUAGAUCGUCAAUUCCAUAGGAGGAAACGCAUCGAAGCUGGAAGUGCCGUGUCACACGAAGAAAUUGACAAUGGAAAAUUACGAAAAAGAUCUAAUGGCUAUUCUUUAUUCUUGAACAAAUUGACCACACCAUCGUGCAGACGUGCGAGUCUGGGCAGUGAUUUGGGAAUGCGAAACGAUCCUGGAGAUUUCUUCGAAGAAUCAAACGAAAGAAAAUCUUUUGAUUCAAAAUCCUUUGAUUCAAAAUCCUUUGAUCCAAAAUCCUUUGAAUCAAAAUCUUUUGAAUUCACAGUUGGUUCGCCUCGUUUGAGACUGAACAGAAAGCUAAAGUCUUUGACGAGGAAUCACGAGGCGCGAAUGGAGCCGAUUGGACGAUUUGUUGGAUUCGGAUUAAAAAAAAUGACACAGGCGACGAUAUUUGCGACCACGUUGUCGCACACGAUGAGCGACGUAUCGAACGAGAGUGAUUUUUUAUAUAGACAUGUGCCAAAUUCUCCACGACAUAGCAACAGGUUGAUUAUUCCGUCACGGGAUAAUAAAGAUAACUCGGUGUACCUGUUGUCGAAUAGUAAAAGAGAUCUAGAGCGAUAUGGCACGAGGAACACGACCUCAGAAAAAAUGUACUACAGUCCUAUCGAUCCGGAGUUCUACAAACAAGCGACGGCUUACCUCGAUGUGCUCCGCAUGUUAAGCAGGACUGAGGAACUUCGCACAGAGUAUCCAAUUAUUGCUGAUUUUACCACACCGGCUGUCACUAAGCCGUUGUUACCGUUGAUUCCUAAGAAGAUAGAAUUCAUUGAUAUUACGACAAUAUACUCGCCUCGUCCUGAGGAGGAAGUGACAAUCGCUUUGGAUGUAACGAGACUGGAGGAACUUCCAGAAGAAGUGACCGAAUUGAUCCCACGUGAGAAUGAGACGGACUACACUACUGACUUUGAGUAUUACGAAAGCACUGGUUACGACGAUCAGAAUUACACGGAAAUAUACGGAGACGAGAAUGUCACGUCUUGGUAUGAGUAUACAGAGGAGAUUACGAGUGAGACAGAGAAAGUUAGUGAAACUACUAUCAAAGAAAUUGUUUUUGAAGAAACGACGACGAGGACGACGGCAAGUGUCGACGUUCUGGAGAUUGAAAUCGCAGCAACUACGGAGACAACGAUACAGUACACAACGAUUGAAUACCCAUUUGCUAUUAGCGCGUUAACGACAGCUGCAGUACCAACGAUAAUCCCUGAAAUUUGGGCAACUAUACCAAUAACGCAAGUUCCAUUUACGUGGAGAGCCUUUACAGUGCCAACUACAUCGCCGUUACUUUAUACGACACGAUUACCGACAAUAGUGGUCGAUGAAAUUGUAACACCGACUAUUAAAACUGUUACUGACGAAACAGUCGUAGUAUUAACUACGGAUAUGUAUACUAUCGAAGUACUUGAGACUACCACAGCGAUUCCGAUAACGAAGGCAUUUACAAUCGAACCUACGAUGAUGUUGACUCCGCUCUUGGAAGGUAUGGCGGGUAUUACUCUGAAAAUUACAGUUCCUGCAAUUACGGAAACGUCAUUCGAGACAAUACUCUCAUUAGUAACUGAAACUGUAACUACUGAGGGAAGAAUAACGGUCACAACGACUUUGAGUACGUUAACAGAGUUUGUAGCUACUACUUCGGGCUUGAUACCGGAGGAAGAAGAAAGCCCGGUGACGCAGAUCGAGAAAACGAUAACUGCGGAAGAAAUGACGACCACGGAAAGUCCAACGACUACUGAAGCUCCGACUACUACCGAAACUCCAGCAACUACUGAAACUUUAACAACUAGUGAAACUCCAACUACUACAGUCGCACAAACUACCAAAAUGCCAUCGAUAAUAGAAACCACAAUAACUAGAAGAGUUCCAAUUACUACUCGACCUCCAACGACUAUCGGAGUUCUAACUACUACCAAAGUUUUACCAAUUACUGAAACUCGGACGACUACUAAAGUGCCAACAAUCAGGAAAACUCUAAAAACAACUACUAAAAUGCCAACAACUACUAAAAUUCCAAUAACUACAAAAGUUCCAACAACUAUCAAAAUUCCAACAACUACAAAAGUUCCGAUAACUAUGAAAAUUCCAACAACUACAAAAGUUCCAAUAACUAUCAAAAUUCCAACAACUAAAAAAGUUCCAACAACUAUUAAAAUUCCAACAACUACAAAGGCCCCAAUAACUAUAAAAAUUCCAACAACUAUCAAAACUCCAACUACAAAAAUCCCAAUUAUCCCAAAAACUCCUACGACCAUCAAAGUUCCCACCACUACAAGAACUACUGAAAUCACAACAAUAGCAACUACAACCAUCAAAACGCCAAAAACUCCAACAACCAUUGAAGUUUUGACUACUACUGAGACAUUGACAAUUUUCGAAACUCCAGUAACAACAGAAAGUACAAUAAUUGCCAAAAUGCCAACUACUACAGUCGAAAUUGCAACAACCACAGAAGCUCUGAUCAUUACCGAGACACUAGUAGUUACUAAAACUUCAAUAACUAUCGAAACUCAAACUACUAAAAUUAUUACAACUACCGAAAUUCCAUUGAUUGUCGAAACUCCAUCGAUUGCCGAAAUUCUAACAACCAUCGAAGUUUUAGCUACUACUGAAACUCUAUCAACUGCCGAAACUCCAAUAACCAUCGAGGUUCUAGCUACUACUAAAACUCCAACACCUACCGAGAUUCCAGCUACUACUGAAAUGACAACAACUACCGAAACUCCAUCGACUGCCGAAAUUUCAACAACUAUCGAGGUUCUAACUACUAGUAAAAUUACAACAAUCGAAAUUCCAUCAACUACCGAAACUCCAACAAGCAUCGAGGUUCUAACUACUACUGAAAUUUUAACAAUUGCCGAAACGCCAACAACCAUCAAGAUUCCAGCCACUAGUGAAAUUCCAACAACUACCAAAACUGCAUCGAUUGCCGAAACUCCAAUACCCACCGAGAUUCCAGCUACUACUGAAAUGUCAACAACUACCGAAACUCCAUCGACUGCUGAAAUUUCAACAACUAUCGAGGUUCUAACUACUAGUAAAAUUACAACAAUCGAAAUUUCAUCAACUACCGAAACUCCAAUAAGCAUCGAGGUUCUAGCCACUAGUGAAAUUCCAACAACUACCAAAACUCCAUCGAUUGCCGAAACUCCAAUACCCACCAAGAUUCCAGCUACUACUGAAAUGUCAACAACUACCGAAACUCCAUCGACUGCCGAAAUUUCAACAACUAUCGAGGUUCUAACUACUAGUAAAAUUACAACAACCGAAAUUCUAUCAACUACCGAAACUCCAACAAGCAUCGAAGUUCUAACUACUAUUGAAAUUUCAACAACUGCCGAAACUCCAACAACCAUCGAGAUUCCAGCCACUAGUGAAAUUUCAACAACUACUAAAACUCCAUCGACUGCCGAAAUUCCAACAUCCACCGAGAUUCCAACUACUACUGAAAUUUCAACAACUACCGAAAUUCCAUCGACUGCUGAAAUUUCAACAACUAUUGAGGUUCUAACUACUAGUAAAAUUACAACAAUCGAAAUUCCAUCAACUACCGAAACUCCAAUAAGCAUCGAAGUUCUAACUACUACUGAAAUUCCAACAACUGCCGAAACUCCAAUAACCAUCGAGGUUUUAGCCACUAGUGAAAUUCCAACAACUACCAAAACUCCAUCGACUGCCGAAACUCCAACAUCCACCGAGAUUCCAACCACUACUGAAAUGUCAACAACUACCGAAACUCCAUCGAUUGCUGAAAUUUCAACAACUAUCAAGGUUUUAGCUACUAGUGAAAUUACCACUACUGAAAUUCCAUCGACCGAAACUCCAACAACCAUCGAAGUUCUAGCUACUACUGAAAUUCCAACAACUACCAAAACUCCAUCGAUUGCCGAAACUCCAACACCCACCGAGAUUCCAGCUACUACUGAAAUGUCAACAACUACCGAAACUCCAUCGACUGCCGAAAUUUCAACUAUCAAGGUUCUAACUACUAGUAAAAUUACAACAAUCGAAAUUCCAUCAACUACUGAAACUCCAAUAACCAUCGAGGUUCUAGCCACUAGUGAAAUUCCAACAACUACCGAAACUUCAUCGACUGCUAAAAUUUCAACAACUGUCGAGGUUUUAGCUACUAGUGAAAUUAUAACGACCGAAAUUCCAUCGACCGAAACUCCAACAACUAUCGAGGUUCUAGCUACUACUGAAAUUUCAACAACUGCGGAAACUCCAACAACCGUCGAGAUUUUAGCCACUAGUGAAAUUCCAACAACUACCAAAACUCCAUCGAUUGCCGAAACUCCAACACCCACCGAGAUUCCAGCUACUACUGAAAUGUCAACAACUACCGAAACUCCAUCGACUGCCGAAAUUUCAACUAUCAAGGUUCUAACUACUAGUAAAAUUACAACAAUCGAAAUUCCAUCAACUACUGAAACUCCAAUAACCAUCGAGGUUCUAGCCACUAGUGAAAUUCCAACAACUACCGAAACUUCAUCGACUGCUAAAAUUUCAACAACUGUCGAGGUUUUAGCUACUAGUGAAAUUAUAACGACCGAAAUUCCAUCGACCGAAACUCCAACAACUAUCGAGGUUCUAGCUACUACUGAAAUUUCAACAACUGCGGAAACUCCAACAACCGUCGAGAUUUUAGCCACUAGUGAAAUUCCAACAACUACCAAAACUCCAUCGAUUGCCGAAACUCCAACACCCACCGAGAUUCCAGCUACUACUGAAAUGUCAACAACUACCGAAACUCCAUCGACUGCCGAAAUUUCAACAACUAUCGAGGUUCUAACUACUAGUAAAAUUACAACAAUCGAAAUUCCAUCAACUACCGAAACUCCAACAAGCAUCGAGGUUCUAACUACUACUGAAAUUUUAACAAUUGCCGAAACGCCAACAACCAUCAAGAUUCCAGCCACUAGUGAAAUUCCAACAACUACCAAAACUGCAUCGAUUGCCGAAACUCCAAUACCCACCGAGAUUCCAGCUACUACUGAAAUGUCAACAACUACCGAAACUCCAUCGACUGCUGAAAUUUCAACAACUAUCGAGGUUCUAACUACUAGUAAAAUUACAACAAUCGAAAUUUCAUCAACUACCGAAACUCCAAUAAGCAUCGAGGUUCUAGCCACUAGUGAAAUUCCAACAACUACCAAAACUCCAUCGAUUGCCGAAACUCCAAUACCCACCGAGAUUCCAGCUACUACUGAAAUGUCAACAACUACCGAAACUCCAUCGACUGCUGAAAUUUCAACAACUAUCGAGGUUCUAACUACUAGUAAAAUUACAACAAUCGAAAUUUCAUCAACUACCGAAACUCCAAUAACCAUCGAGGUUCUAGCCACUAGUGAAAUUCCAACAACUACCAAAACUCCAUCGAUUGCCGAAACUCCAACACCCACCGAGAUUCCAGCUACUACUGAAAUGUCAACAACUACCGAAACUCCAUCGACUGCCGAAAUUUCAACAACUAUCGAGGUUCUAACUACUAGUAAAAUUACAACAACCGAAAUUCUAUCAACUACCGAAACUCCAACAAGCAUCGAAGUUCUAACUACUAUUGAAAUUUCAACAACUGCCGAAACUCCAACAACCAUCGAGAUUCCAGCCACUAGUGAAAUUUCAACAACUACUAAAACUCCAUCGACUGCCGAAAUUCCAACAUCCACCGAGAUUCCAACUACUACUGAAAUUUCAACAACUACCGAAAUUCCAUCGACUGCUGAAAUUUCAACAACUAUUGAGGUUCUAACUACUAGUAAAAUUACAACAAUCGAAAUUCCAUCAACUACCGAAACUCCAAUAAGCAUCGAAGUUCUAACUACUACUGAAAUUCCAACAACUGCCGAAACUCCAAUAACCAUCGAGGUUCUAGCCACUAGUGAAAUUCCAACAACUACCAAAACUCCAUCGAUUGCCGAAACUCCAACACCCACCGAGAUUCCAGCUACUACUGAAAUGUCAACAACUACCGAAACUCCAUCGACUGCCGAAAUUUCAACUAUCAAGGUUCUAACUACUAGUAAAAUUACAACAAUCGAAAUUCCAUCAACUACUGAAACUCCAAUAACCAUCGAGGUUCUAGCCACUAGUGAAAUUCCAACAACUACCGAAACUUCAUCGACUGCUAAAAUUUCAACAACUGUCGAGGUUUUAGCUACUAGUGAAAUUAUAACGACCGAAAUUCCAUCGACCGAAACUCCAACAACUAUCGAGGUUCUAGCUACUACUGAAAUUUCAACAACUGCGGAAACUCCAACAACCGUCGAGAUUUUAGCCACUAGUGAAAUUCCAACAACUACCAAAACUCCAUCGAUUGCCGAAACUCCAACACCCACCGAGAUUCCAGCUACUACUGAAAUGUCAACAACUACCGAAACUCCAUCGACUGCCGAAAUUUCAACAACUAUCGAGGUUCUAACUACUAGUAAAAUUACAACAACCGAAAUUCUAUCAACUACCGAAACUCCAACAAGCAUCGAAGUUCUAACUACUAUUGAAAUUUCAACAACUGCCGAAACUCCAACAACCAUCGAGAUUCCAGCCACUAGUGAAAUUUCAACAACUACUAAAACUCCAUCGACUGCCGAAAUUCCAACAUCCACCGAGAUUCCAACUACUACUGAAAUUUCAACAACUACCGAAAUUCCAUCGACUGCUGAAAUUUCAACAACUAUUGAGGUUCUAACUACUAGUAAAAUUACAACAAUCGAAAUUCCAUCAACUACCGAAACUCCAAUAAGCAUCGAAGUUCUAACUACUACUGAAAUUCCAACAACUGCCGAAACUCCAAUAACCAUCGAGGUUUUAGCCACUAGUGAAAUUCCAACAACUACCAAAACUCCAUCGACUGCCGAAACUCCAACAUCCACCGAGAUUCCAACCACUACUGAAAUGUCAACAACUACCGAAACUCCAUCGAUUGCUGAAAUUUCAACAACUAUCAAGGUUUUAGCUACUAGUGAAAUUACCACUACUGAAAUUCCAUCGACCGAAACUCCAACAACCAUCGAAGUUCUAGCUACUACUGAAAUUCCAACAACUACCAAAACUCCAUCGAUUGCCGAAACUCCAACACCCACCGAGAUUCCAGCUACUACUGAAAUGUCAACAACUACCGAAACUCCAUCGACUGCCGAAAUUUCAACUAUCAAGGUUCUAACUACUAGUAAAAUUACAACAAUCGAAAUUCCAUCAACUACUGAAACUCCAAUAACCAUCGAGGUUCUAGCCACUAGUGAAAUUCCAACAACUACCGAAACUUCAUCGACUGCUAAAAUUUCAACAACUGUCGAGGUUUUAGCUACUAGUGAAAUUAUAACGACCGAAAUUCCAUCGACCGAAACUCCAACAACUAUCGAGGUUCUAGCUACUACUGAAAUUUCAACAACUGCGGAAACUCCAACAACCGUCGAGAUUUUAGCCACUAGUGAAAUUCCAACAACUACCAAAACUCCAUCGAUUGCCGAAACUCCAACACCCACCGAGAUUCCAGCUACUACUGAAAUGUCAACAACUACCGAAACUCCAUCGACUGCCGAAAUUUCAACUAUCAAGGUUCUAACUACUAGUAAAAUUACAACAAUCGAAAUUCCAUCAACUACUGAAACUCCAAUAACCAUCGAGGUUCUAGCCACUAGUGAAAUUCCAACAACUACCGAAACUUCAUCGACUGCUAAAAUUUCAACAACUGUCGAGGUUUUAGCUACUAGUGAAAUUAUAACGACCGAAAUUCCAUCGACCGAAACUCCAACAACUAUCGAGGUUCUAGCUACUACUGAAAUUUCAACAACUGCGGAAACUCCAACAACCGUCGAGAUUUUAGCCACUAGUGAAAUUCCAACAACUACCAAAACUCCAUCGAUUGCCGAAACUCCAACACCCACCGAGAUUCCAGCUACUACUGAAAUGUCAACAACUACCGAAACUCCAUCGACUGCCGAAAUUUCAACAACUAUCGAGGUUCUAACUACUAGUAAAAUUACAACAAUCGAAAUUCCAUCAACUACCGAAACUCCAACAAGCAUCGAGGUUCUAACUACUACUGAAAUUUUAACAAUUGCCGAAACGCCAACAACCAUCAAGAUUCCAGCCACUAGUGAAAUUCCAACAACUACCAAAACUGCAUCGAUUGCCGAAACUCCAAUACCCACCGAGAUUCCAGCUACUACUGAAAUGUCAACAACUACCGAAACUCCAUCGACUGCUGAAAUUUCAACAACUAUCGAGGUUCUAACUACUAGUAAAAUUACAACAAUCGAAAUUUCAUCAACUACCGAAACUCCAAUAAGCAUCGAGGUUCUAGCCACUAGUGAAAUUCCAACAACUACCAAAACUCCAUCGAUUGCCGAAACUCCAAUACCCACCGAGAUUCCAGCUACUACUGAAAUGUCAACAACUACCGAAACUCCAUCGACUGCUGAAAUUUCAACAACUAUCGAGGUUCUAACUACUAGUAAAAUUACAACAAUCGAAAUUUCAUCAACUACCGAAACUCCAAUAACCAUCGAGGUUCUAGCCACUAGUGAAAUUCCAACAACUACCAAAACUCCAUCGAUUGCCGAAACUCCAACACCCACCGAGAUUCCAGCUACUACUGAAAUGUCAACAACUACCGAAACUCCAUCGACUGCCGAAAUUUCAACAACUAUCGAGGUUCUAACUACUAGUAAAAUUACAACAACCGAAAUUCUAUCAACUACCGAAACUCCAACAAGCAUCGAAGUUCUAACUACUAUUGAAAUUUCAACAACUGCCGAAACUCCAACAACCAUCGAGAUUCCAGCCACUAGUGAAAUUUCAACAACUACUAAAACUCCAUCGACUGCCGAAAUUCCAACAUCCACCGAGAUUCCAACUACUACUGAAAUUUCAACAACUACCGAAAUUCCAUCGACUGCUGAAAUUUCAACAACUAUUGAGGUUCUAACUACUAGUAAAAUUACAACAAUCGAAAUUCCAUCAACUACCGAAACUCCAAUAAGCAUCGAAGUUCUAACUACUACUGAAAUUCCAACAACUGCCGAAACUCCAAUAACCAUCGAGGUUCUAGCCACUAGUGAAAUUCCAACAACUACCAAAACUCCAUCGAUUGCCGAAACUCCAACACCCACCGAGAUUCCAGCUACUACUGAAAUGUCAACAACUACCGAAACUCCAUCGACUGCCGAAAUUUCAACUAUCAAGGUUCUAACUACUAGUAAAAUUACAACAAUCGAAAUUCCAUCAACUACUGAAACUCCAAUAACCAUCGAGGUUCUAGCCACUAGUGAAAUUCCAACAACUACCGAAACUUCAUCGACUGCUAAAAUUUCAACAACUGUCGAGGUUUUAGCUACUAGUGAAAUUAUAACGACCGAAAUUCCAUCGACCGAAACUCCAACAACUAUCGAGGUUCUAGCUACUACUGAAAUUUCAACAACUGCGGAAACUCCAACAACCGUCGAGAUUUUAGCCACUAGUGAAAUUCCAACAACUACCAAAACUCCAUCGAUUGCCGAAACUCCAACACCCACCGAGAUUCCAGCUACUACUGAAAUGUCAACAACUACCGAAACUCCAUCGACUGCCGAAAUUUCAACAACUAUCGAGGUUCUAACUACUAGUAAAAUUACAACAACCGAAAUUCUAUCAACUACCGAAACUCCAACAAGCAUCGAAGUUCUAACUACUAUUGAAAUUUCAACAACUGCCGAAACUCCAACAACCAUCGAGAUUCCAGCCACUAGUGAAAUUUCAACAACUACUAAAACUCCAUCGACUGCCGAAAUUCCAACAUCCACCGAGAUUCCAACUACUACUGAAAUUUCAACAACUACCGAAAUUCCAUCGACUGCUGAAAUUUCAACAACUAUUGAGGUUCUAACUACUAGUAAAAUUACAACAAUCGAAAUUCCAUCAACUACCGAAACUCCAAUAAGCAUCGAAGUUCUAACUACUACUGAAAUUCCAACAACUGCCGAAACUCCAAUAACCAUCGAGGUUUUAGCCACUAGUGAAAUUCCAACAACUACCAAAACUCCAUCGACUGCCGAAACUCCAACAUCCACCGAGAUUCCAACCACUACUGAAAUGUCAACAACUACCGAAACUCCAUCGAUUGCUGAAAUUUCAACAACUAUCAAGGUUUUAGCUACUAGUGAAAUUACCACUACUGAAAUUCCAUCGACCGAAACUCCAACAACCAUCGAAGUUCUAGCUACUACUGAAAUUCCAACAACUACCAAAACUCCAUCGAUUGCCGAAACUCCAACACCCACCGAGAUUCCAGCUACUACUGAAAUGUCAACAACUACCGAAACUCCAUCGACUGCCGAAAUUUCAACUAUCAAGGUUCUAACUACUAGUAAAAUUACAACAAUCGAAAUUCCAUCAACUACUGAAACUCCAAUAACCAUCGAGGUUCUAGCCACUAGUGAAAUUCCAACAACUACCGAAACUUCAUCGACUGCUAAAAUUUCAACAACUGUCGAGGUUUUAGCUACUAGUGAAAUUAUAACGACCGAAAUUCCAUCGACCGAAACUCCAACAACUAUCGAGGUUCUAGCUACUACUGAAAUUUCAACAACUGCGGAAACUCCAACAACCGUCGAGAUUUUAGCUACUACUGAAAUUCCAACAACUACCAAAACUCCAUCGAUUGCCGAAACUCCAACACCCACCGAGAUUCCAGCUACUACUGAAAUGUCAACAACUACCGAAACUCCAUCGACUGCCGAAAUUUCAACUAUCAAGGUUCUAACUACUAGUAAAAUUACAACAAUCGAAAUUCCAUCAACUACUGAAACUCCAAUAACCAUCGAGGUUCUAGCCACUAGUGAAAUUCCAACAACUACCGAAACUUCAUCGACUGCUAAAAUUUCAACAACUGUCGAGGUUUUAGCUACUAGUGAAAUUAUAACGACCGAAAUUCCAUCGACCGAAACUCCAACAACUAUCGAGGUUCUAGCUACUACUGAAAUUUCAACAACUGCGGAAACUCCAACAACCGUCGAGAUUUUAGCCACUAGUGAAAUUCCAACAACUACCAAAACUCCAUCGAUUGCCGAAACUCCAACACCCACCGAGAUUCCAGCUACUACUGAAAUGUCAACAACUACCAAAACUCCAUCGACUGCCGAAAUUUCAACAACUAUCGAGGUUCUAACUACUAGUAAAAUUACAACAAUCGAAAUUCCAUUAACUACCAAAACUCCAUUAACUACCAAAACUCCAUCGACUGCUGAAACUCCAACAUCCACCGAGAUUCCAACCACUACUGAAAUGUCAACAACUACCGAAACUUCAUCGACUGCUAAAAUUUCAACAACUGUCGAGGUUUUAGCUACUGGUGAAAUUAUAACGACCGAAAUUCCAUCGAUCGAAACUCCAACAACUAUCAAGGUUCUAGCUACUACUGAAAUUUCAACAACUGCGGAAACUCCAACAACCGUCGAGAUUUUAGCCACUAGUGAAAUUCCAACAACUACCAAAACUCCAUCGAUUGCCGAAACUCCAACACCCACCGAGAUUCCAGCUACUACUGAAAUGUCAACAACUACCAAAACUCCAUCGACUGCCGAAAUUUCAACAACUAUCGAGGUUCUAACUACUAGUAAAAUUACAACAAUCGAAAUUCCAUUAACUACCAAAACUCCAUUAACUACCAAAACUCCAUCGACUGCUGAAACUCCAACAUCCACCGAGAUUCCAACCACUACUGAAAUGUCAACAACUACCGAAACUCCAUCGACUGCUGAAACUCCAACAUCCACCGAGAUUCCAACCACUACUGAAAUGUCAACAACUACCGAAACUUCAUCGACUGCUAAAAUUUCAACAACUGUCGAGGUUUUAGCUACUAGUGAAAUUAUAACGACCGAAAUUCCAUCGACCGAAACUCCAACAACCGUCGAGAUUUUAGCCACUAGUGAAAUUCCAACAACUACCAAAACUCCAUUGAUUGCCGAAACUCUAACACCUACCGAGAUUCCAGCUACUACUGAAAUGUCAACAACUACCGAAACUCCAUCAACUGCCGAAAUUUCAACAACUAUCGAGGUUCUAACUACUAGUAAAAUUACAACAAUCGAAAUUCCAUCAACUACCGAAACUUCAACAAGCAUCAAGGUUCUAACUACUACUGAAAUUCCAAAAACUGCCGAAACUCCAACAACCAUCGAGAUUCUAGCCACUAGUGAAAUUCCAACAACUACCAAAACUCCAACAUCCACCGAGAUUCCAACCACUACUGAAAUGUCAACAACUACUGAAACUCCAUCGACUGCUGAAAUUUCAACUAUCGAGGUUUUAGCUACUAGUGAAAUUACCACUACCGAAAUUCCAUCGACCGAAACUCCAACAACCAUCGAGGUUCUAGCUACUACUGAAAUUCUAACAACUGGCGAAACUCUAAUAACCAUCGAGGUUUUAACUACUACUGAAUUGCCAACAACUAUUGAAACUCCAUCAACUGCCGAAACUCUAUCGACUGCCGAAAUCCUAACAACCACCGAGGUUCUAGCUACUAUUGAAAUAUCAACAAUUAGCGAAACUCCAUCAACUGCCAAAACUCCAACAUCCAUCGAGGUUCCAACCACUAUUGAAAUUGUAACAAUUUCUAAAACUCCAAUAACAACAGAAAGUACAACUACGAAAAUUCCAAUCACUACCAUCGAAACAACUAAAGAAUCUCCAACUAUUGCCGAAACCCUAACUGCUAUCGUAACAUCGACGAUUACCGAAACUCAAAUAACUACUAAAGUACCAACGGUAACAGAAACUACAACUGUGGAAAUUCGAACAACCACUGAAACUUCAUCAACUACUGAAUCUUCAACAACUAUUGAAAUUCCAACAACCGUGGAAGUAUUAACAACUACAGAAACUUCCACAAUUACCGAAAUUCGAUUGACUACUAUCCCUACCACAACUUUAAGCACAUUUUUGACAAAAACUACUGAAAGUACAAUUUCUCCGAUGAUAAUUAUUACAAUGACAACGUUUCCAAUUGAGAGACUUGAAACCAUAACCACAUCGCCGAUUCCUACAACAGUAUCUAUUGAGACGUCUCCGAUCAUGACAGAUACGACAGUGAAUGCGACAGUUCUCAGUACAACUACUAGUACAAUCACGACGGAAAUUCUCGAAAGCACAAUAUCUCUCCUCGAGAAUUUCACUAUGCCUUUUACCACCGAAAUUCCACUCACAACUGUUACGGCGAUUAUUGGAACAACUCCUGAAGAAUACGAGGAAUAUUAUCGCGAAACAAGUACAGAAGAAGGAAUAAUGGCGACUGCGAGCACAGCUGAGACGAAAGAAGAGAGCACUACGAUUUCGAUUAUUACCAAAGAAACUAUUGCAGAAGUGACAACACCAACGUAUCUGCCAUCACCUACCAUAUUUUUCACUGAAACCACUACAGAAGCAACGUCACUUGCAGAGACAGUUACUUCACUCUUGACUCCAACUAUCACCGCGGUAAUGCCAGUUGUAACUACUGCUACUGUGAUCACUGAAGAAACCACAACCUUAACGACUGAAGAAUUUAUCAGCGUUAACUUCACUACAUCAUCUGAAAAGACUGCUAGUAUUACCUUUACAACUGAAGAAAUCACAACAUCUACAGGAAUUACAUGGAUUUCUACUGAGAGAAGCAUCGUAUUUGAAGAAGAAACUAUUACCCCAAGUACCAGCUUUGUACCGACAAUACUCAAUGCGACGGAAAUCGUAACGACUACUACAAUUUUACCGGAAAUCACCACAGAAACAAUAGAGACAAGCAUAGAGACGAUAACUGUUGUCACCUUAUCGCCAACUACUGAAAGACUGGAACAUGUUUUAGAAAUUGUAACCACUGAAACUUCGUUCACCAAGUCGACGUUAGUUACAACGGAAACGCUUGUAACCACAACGAAAGUUACUUUCGUGUUGCCGGAGAUUAUCUCAGAAACGGAGGAGUUUACAACACCGAGUACGACUGAGAGCUCCACGAUAUCAUUUAUCGAAACAACAGUUCCCAUAACUAAUUUAACUUCAGUUGCGACCACUAAAGUGACGCCUGAAGUCGAGACGGAAUAUUACGUGGACAAAGCGUUGGAAGCACAGUACGAAGAAGAAGAAGAAGAAGAAUACGAUACAGAAAUACCGACUGACAGGUGGUAUUACUAUGACGAAUACGAAACUACGACGAAGGAAAGAACUGUUCAGAAAGAAAUCGUCACAUCGAGCACAGUGAGUUACAUAACGUUACCUGAAAGAAGAGUGACCAGCCUUCCUCCUCUCGUCGAAGCUGUGACAACAUUUCCGUACGAAACUAAGACUUCUGAGUUCGCAACAUCUCCGACAAUCUCUGAGACUGCGACGACGAUUCGUGUCAACGUGACUUUUACUACCUCGAGAAUACCUAGUCGUACAUAUGUCGACGAAGAAGUUACCCCAACUGUCGCUUUGGAAACGUCUACGUCAACCAUUGUGGAGAAAGCGAAGACGCUGAAAACUACGGAGUUUACCGAAACUAUUGAGUUCACGAGCGAAAAGGAAAAAACUGUCACGACGAGUGUAACCUUCGGCUCCACGGAAGAAUAUACCCUUCCCUCUUCGACAGUUCUCGAGAUCACGACGAAACCGCUCGAGAGUCUAACGAUUCCUGCUAAGUAUGUAUACACAAUGCCCGAUUGGCUGAAGCCUAUCACGAAGCCUGAGGAGAUUCCCGAACGGGAGGUCGAGUUGGAGAAGACGACGUUCGCGAAGAUAGGCACAACUUCGGAACGUGUUCCCGUUGAGAAGACAACUUUCGUCUUCGUCUCGCCGGUGCUUACGACGUUAUCAGAGGAAGAAUUGAUGGACGUGUACGCGACAACCGUGAGUUCUGUGGCCUACGACUUGGAAUACGAGAUUACUAGUUAUGAAGUUACCACUCAGUCAUUGAAGACGACAUUCGUCACAGAAGAAAGUACAAUUUACGAUAUCGGGAGCGUUACUAUCACUACAUACACGGACACAACGAAGCUUAGGAUCGAGGAAAUCCUUCCAUAUCUCGUUACACCGUUCACCGUGCCGGAAAUUGAAGCUAAGCUCACCACGAUGAGUAAGAUUGGAGAAGACGUGGUGCGAGAGGAACAGAAGAAACGGCUGCUGCAGGAAUUUGACGAGCUAACGCGUCAUGAGAAAAAAAUUGCGGAAAGAGAGGAAAGGCUGAAAGAGAAGGAGCGACAAUGGGACCGAGAGAAGAAGAGACGUAAAGAGAAGAUGAUGCAACGUAAGGAAGAAGAAAUGGAGGAAACUACAACUGUGACCAGCACAACCGCGACCGAUAUUACGCCCAUCAUUACCGAUUCGACCAUGAUUACCGUGAUUGACACAGAAGCUGUCAGUACAGAGAUCCUGACUGCGUCAAUUGCCACUACGCUCGAGGUCACGCCUUCUGUUCUCGACACGACGUUUACCACGUUGAGUACUAGUGUGGAUAAAGUCACCACAGCUUGGAUGGAAACGACGUCAUUUUAUUCCACAGAGAAGAGCACAUCGACUACGUUGACUGAGGAGGAGACGGAAGAAACGUAUUAUGCAGAUUUAACUUCAGUGGAAAUCUCCACUCCUUAUACCGUUGAAGAAAUAUCUACUACGAGUUAUGAACCGUUUUUUACCUCGCCUGCACUGGUGAUUACUUCGGUUACUGAUGCGAUUUUGAUCGCUGUCACAGAGAGCGAAUACGAUAAAGAGAUAGAAAACCUGAAAAAGCAAUUGCGCGAGAAGGAACACGACCUUGAGGAGAGAGAGAAAAUGUUGCUGGAGAGAGAACGGAGACUGGAGGAAGAUACGGAAAAAUUCGAGAAAUAUAUGGAGGAGCUGGAGAGAGAAGAAAUCGACAUGUCGACUGCGUUAUUCGAGAAGUUGACUUCGACAUCCAAGGAGUCGACCGCGACGUCCGAGGAAUCGACUGCGACGUCCGAGGAGUCGACCGCGCCGACAAGUUUAACAACGCCAGUGCCACCGAUUGAGAUGCCUACGACUGUAAGAGGCCGAGUCACCACACCGGUCGAGAAGACAACGGAGAAGAAGAAAACUCCGGUGAUAACACCUCGACGGGAAACUACAGAGGAGAAGAAACGAACGAUGUACUUUCCUGAGGAAGCCAUUACGCCGGAGAAAGAAGAAGAGCUCGUGACGAAAAGAAUAUGUCUGAAUGUCCUGGCGAAUACGACGAUCCCUUACGAGAAAAGAAGACGAGACGUAGUGACGAAGAAGGUUUGCCUGCCGUAUUUCCCCGAGAGGAAGGAAGUGAAGAAGUCAGUCGGUCGAUUAGGUAGGAAGAUCCUCGCUGUCCAAGUCGCGAGAGAGAUCGAAGAGCCGAGAGUGAAUCAUCUGCCAGAUCUCCGGCGCGGGAAAAAACGGAGAGUGGCAGGCGCUCGUAAGAUCAGCAACCUGCAGCUGUCGCAUCGCGAAUGGCUGAGUAACGAAACUACAAAAUCGCUGAGACAUUUCAAAGGCUUCACCAGGAUGUACGAAGGAACGAGGAGAAUUUCCCCGAAGAAUGCCGCGGCUAUUACCAAUGCGCGAAGAAACGAUAACGGUCCUCGAGCUACAACUUCUCUGUACGAACGACAUGUGCUCGAACGACACGAGGGUUUCUUUCGACCAACCACUACGGCUAUGUCAGGUGAUAAAGGAUAUAGGAAGAGAAGCGUUUUUCCUGGAGGUGAUUCAAUUCGUAAGAGAGAAAACGAUCCGCCCGACAAUAACGACGAAGUAACGGUCGGCAAUACUUCAACCACCGAAGAGGAGACAUCAGAUGAAGACGAGUUCGGACCUUACACGGUGAACGUGCUGCGUCUUAAGUACGACGAAGACGAAGAGACACACCAGACAAUAUCCGUUAAACCAGAUGAGAAUGAAGCGACGGCGUCCACGAUCGAAUCGAGCAAUGAGCAAGAGUAUGAAGACGACGGAGACGACGAUUUCGAACGUGUCACGGACUUUGCAGAAAGUGGUGAAAUUACCAAACCGUAUCGCGAAUUUGGACAGAAGAAUGAUGUGGAGAAAGAUGAUGCAGAGGAAGAAGAUAAUGACUUGUCAGAGAAAAUAAGAGAAAAAGAAAACGAAGAAGAGGAAAAAGAGGACGAAGAAGAAGAAGCAAAGGAAGAUGAUUACGAUCAAGCGAGGAUAUCGACACCGACGCACGACGUGAAAAUUUUAGUCGAUCCAAGCGAACGUGGAACACUGAUAGGAAAGCAGAAGGAGUUAAUAGAUCAAGCUUGGCCCACGGAAAGAAGUACGACGUACCACUUGGGUGGCACCAGAUAUUGGGAGCUCGAGUCCCGAGACACGGAGACAAUGGAUACAUUUAGCCCUACUACUGACACAGCUACUAAAACUAUCGAUCUAUCGAUUACUAGAACGACGUGUUUCUACGUCGUUUUUAAGAACGAAAGAAAUCACACAAGAACGAAGCGUGAAGCACGUCAUCGUGAAGGGAGCGUUCGCUUCCCUGCGAUUUCGGUCGGACAACGAGAUAAUUUUCUUCAGAACGUAACGACUGAACAUAUAUUGCAGAACGACAAGCCAAGAACGAAGAGGAGUGCCGAGAGAAGAAGUGUGCCAAAAUUUGACGAGUUUCCGAAUACCGACGAGCUUCCAGCGUUGACGAAAGGCCGCCAGUUGUUCGGAAUCAAUGAGAACAAGUUGAAACAUCCAGUCGCCCAGCACAAAGACAUCAGAAAUACUAAAUGCAACGAUAAGAAAGCAAAAUCGACCGAAUCACACAAAUCACGAGACGUCAUCAAUUCGCACGCCCCGCAAAUGCGGGAAGCAGAUAGCUGUGUUGCUAAUAAAAGAAAUUCAGAUCAACGCAAGAGAACGAUCACGAGGGCAAUCGUGGAUCGUCGCAUUCGAGUGAAGAACAGCAACGGCGGAAGAAACGACGGGAAAUUGGCGCGUCGCGAUGUCACACUCGCUGAGCACAAAAAUAAAUCCGCGAGGAAGACGCGCGGUUGCGCGGAUUGCAUCUGCGACGUCGUAGACAUGAUCGACCGCGUGAAAUCGGUCCUGGAUAGACUGAGCUAUCCGUUGGACGAGAUUAAGGCGCUCAAUUGCAGCAAGUACAAAGAGACCCAAGACAAGAUAGUGAUCUCGGUGGACUCGGAUGUGGAGGAGGACGCUAGGGUGUUUCCACAGCCGCGUUACAACACCGAAUCGCUGAAGGGCCAAAAGUACAUCAAGUCGGAGGAGCUUGGCAGCGAUUCCAAAGGCGAUUUGGCGCUCGAGAACGAUCGCGAUAUUAUUUCGCUGCCAGGUCUCAAUCUGAACGUACCCUGUAACCGAGACGGCGACGGUAUCACUUGGCUGUCGAGUGUCAGCAGACCGAGUUACACGUGGAAACGGACGGACGGUAUCGCGCUUUACGGUUUCGUGACGGAGAACGGUGAUUUGGAGUUACGCAAUGUAAACGCGAAAGACACGGGGAAUUACACGUGCGUCGUGACGUACACGGGCGCCGACAAUGAGGAGCCCGUGGAGGCCACUUACGAGGUUCGCCUGCGAGUCGUCACGCUACCGAGAUACAUUUUGCACGGCGAGGGUCGUUAUCGCGUGCGAUUUUGCGACGAGAGAGCUUUGGACGCGUUGGCGACAUAUCUUCCCUUGAAGUUGAAUAAUGUUCUGUGCGAGGUAGAUAUCUGCAACGCCUACGUCUUGACACCAUCUUGCUCCCGCAGCCAAAUCACGAUGAACGUUCUGAUUGUGCCGUCGCACACCGUGAAAUUGACGACGAUCGACCACAAGCAUUGCAAUGUCUUCUGCCUCAGAGCCAUUCAAGACAAACUCUCGUUGAUACUGAUUAAAAAUCUACAGAUCUUCUUCGGGAAAACCAUUAUUUUCAGAUUACCCCAUUUCGAGCAGAGAUUGGUGCCGAGCGUGGAAAAGCCCGCGAGACAGAAAAGAGCCAGGAGCGGCAAGAGCGCGCCCAGCGAUGGAUUCGGCUAUGACAUCGGCUUAUUUUCCAGCUGCCCGGCCGGAUAUGGUCUUCGCGGUACGCAUUGUGUUCCUUGCGACGUGGAUACUUACAGCGAGGACGGGAUAUCGCGUUGUAAAAGAUGCCCACCUGGCACUUAUCAGCCCAAUCAUGGCGCCAGAGUUUGUCGUACGUGUACUAGUCCAUUUAUGAGAGGCUGCUACAAUAUGCUCUGGAAUUCGUUCUCCGCUGUGAUGGUGACUCUGGCGAGCCUCAGUGUGAUGCUGUCCAUAUGCUUGCUGAUAUUAUGGGUGACGUGCUGCGCUAAAAAAAAAUUCUGCGCUAAGCGAAUAAUCAGUGUUAUAUCCAACGAAGACGUAUUUCAGCAAGAGAAACACGUGGAGGAGCAACCAUUAAUUAGGGACGUUAGCGACAACGAGGAUCAGCAGUGGGACGGUGAACAUAGAGCGAAGAAGAAACGAGGGAAGUUUAAUGUAAACAGAAAGCGUCGAAAGCAAAACGAGAAGAGAUACGAAAAGCCACGAAUGCAAGAAGACGAAUGGGGGCAUCGUGUAAUGGACACGCUGAUUAACUGCCUCGAUUCUUAUCGGUCUCAUGAAGAUUACAACAGCCAUUACCCGAAGCAAUCGCAUCGCAAAGGACCUCGUCUGCCCGAGCGUGAUUUUGACACGUGAUAAAUGACGCAGAGAAUCGCAUUACGGACAUGACGCGGCGCAAACGCGUAGCCUAAGUGAAUUUUGUACAAAUAUCUUAGACUUAACUCCCUAACUCUUGAGACGUAUGUAACAUCCAUGCAAAUAUGUGUUCAAUUCUAACGGCUAAUUAUACCUAGUUUAAAUAGCGUAUAUUCAUUAUUGUGAGUCCCUAUUAUGUAUUGGAGAAAACAUACACUGAAAAAAAGGUUUGGUAAUAAUCAUCAAACGGAAAUAUUAAUUAUCAGAUGCCUUGGUAAAACAGUACUAACUGAAUGUGUAGGUGAAUAAUAAUAAUUUGGUAUUAGUGAAUAAACUUAGCAAGAUUUAGUAUCUGUUGCCAAGACUUUGUGACUAUUAGCAAUUUAUGGUAUGUAUCAUCAAGCAAUUUGUAAAAUAAAACCAUAUUAUUUAGCAAUCAUAUUAUAUGAUAAAUUUAUUGUAUAAAAUGAUCAAAUACUUUGGUAAUAGUUAAUAUUACGAAAUUAUAACGAAAUUAUUCACUAUUAUAUAUUUAUCAAAACAUUUAAUUGGUUCAAGUUAAAUUAAAUAAAAAAUUUAUUUUAUUAUUUUGUAAUCAUUCCCAGACAGCUGCUAACUAUUGGUGAUAUUUGAUACUAUUACACUGAGAAAAUAUUACACUGAGAUGUUUGACCAAAUACACUUGUUAACUAUUACAAGAUUCAAAAAUAUUUUUUUCAGUGUAUGUUAUAAUUAAAUAUCUAUAUAGUACACACACACACAUAUAUAUAUGCACAUACAAAGUAACACAUUUAUGCAAUUGUACACAUUUUUUGAGAUAUACUGUUUCUUUUAUUUUCACAUCAUUAACAUGAAAAGAUUCAAGAAAUAACAGCUUGUCAUUUGAUGAAUAGAUGUUUUUACAAGGUUGUAAAAUUGAAGAUUUCUAUAACCAAAUUAGUGUAACGUAUACUUUUAAUGAAGGUUUUAAUCAUUUGAACAUAUGAUCUGAUACUACUGAAGUUUCGUUACAAAUACAUCAUAUAUCCUAAUUGUGGUAAUUCAUUCGCAGAGUCCAACAGUUCUCCAACAUCGGCAAUGCGAAAUGAUACUAUAGCAACAUAGCUAAUAAAC